CUGACAACAAAGAGAAGCUUGAAAAAGCAACAGGACUGAAAAUGUUGCAGAUUGGCAUGGGGGAGAAAAGCAAGCUGCAGUUUUUGCCCCACCAUGCUGGAGGAGAAGAAGAUGCCACCAAAUUCAUCAUCCUAACGCUCCUCUCCAUUGCUUGCAUUUUUGGGAUCCUUGUGGCUUCUGGGGUCAUCUACUGCCUCCGCCACAGCUCACAUCACAAACUGAAGGAAAAGCUGACCAGCCUGGGCUCCGAUUCUGGGUCGGAUGCUACUGCCGCUUAUCAGGAGCUGUGCCGUCAGCGUAUGGCAGUAAAAUCAUCGGAUCACUCUGAGCCUCUGCAUACUUCUCGUAUCAAUAGCAUAUCUUCUCAGUUCAGCGAUGGGCCCAUCCCAAGUCCUUCUGCACGGAGCAGCACUUCCUCCUGGUGCGAGGAACCGGUCCAGUCCAACAUGGACAUCUCCACUGGUCACAUGAUAUUGUCAUAUAUGGAAGAUCACUUAAAGAACAAGAAUCGUCUGGAGAAAGAGUGGGAAGCCCUUUGCACUUAUCAAGCUGAGCCCAGUGCAACCACCGUUGCUCAUAAGGAAGAAAAUAUCCAGAAGAACCGCUCGCAAGAUGUAGUAGCAUACGACCAUUGCAGAAUAUGUUUGAAAGCUGAAAACAGCCAUGACAAUUCAGAUUACAUCAAUGCAAGUCCAAUUAUGGACCAUGACCCCCGGAACCCUGCUUACAUCGCUGCUCAAGGCCCCUUGCCUUCUACAGUCACAGACUUCUGGCAGAUGGUCUGGGAAAACGGCUGUGUCGUUAUUGUCAUGCUGACACCCCUUGCUGAAAAUGGAGUCAAACAGUGCUACCACUAUUGGCCAGAUGAAGGGUCAAACCUCUACCAUAUCUACGAGGUAAACCUGGUCUCCGAGCACAUAUGGUGUGAGGAUUUCCUUGUGAGAAGCUUUUACUUGAAAAACCUUCAAACCAACGAGACUCGAACCGUGACCCAAUUCCAUUUCCUUACUUGGCAUGACCAGAAAGUUCCUGGUUCCACAAGGUCCCUGCUGGAUUUUCGCAGAAAAGUAAACAAGUGCUACAGGGGUCGUUCUUGUCCAGUAAUUGUUCAUUGCAGUGAUGGUGCAGGAAGAAGUGGAACCUACAUCCUAAUUGACAUGGUUCUCAAUAAAAUGGCCAAAGGUGCUAAAGAGAUUGAUAUUGCUGCUACCCUGGAGCACUUGAGAGACCAGAGACCUGGCAUGGUCCAGACAAAGGAGCAGUUUGAGUUUGCAUUGACAGCGGUGGCUGAAGAAGUCAACGCCAUACUCAAGGCACUUCCACAGUGA